CUUCAAAUUCCGACGUAUUUAUCUCACGCGGUGAUUAUGCAAAGGUGCCUAUGAUAUGAAAAUGAGUAUAAAUAACUCAAGUCUGGUUCUGCUGGCUGCCCGCAGCUACAAAAGUUGAUUUUUGUGCUUCGUAACUUUAGAAUCAUUCACAUUCUCUGUGUCAAUAUUUAAAGAAGAUCAUAGCUUCACAGAAGUGAAAAAAGCUGCAGAUUUGAAGAUACAUCUUUGGCUCUGGAUUAUAUAGCCUGUCCUUUAAUGUGCAAGGGAAUGAUGACGGGUAGAAGUAACGUGCUUCUGUUCAUUUCAUGGUCUAUGUACCUGUUUAUGUCUUGCUUAGCCUUAAACAGACUCAACAUCAUGACUGAUCAAUCCGCUCUGCUUGUCUUCAAGUCACAAUUUGAGCAGGAGCCAGGCAAUGUUUUGGCAAGAAACUGGUCUUCUGAUACUCCUGUUUGUAGCUGGAUCGGGAUCACUUGCAGUUCCCGUCACCUAAGAGUUGCGGCCAUAAAUGUUUCCGACAUGAAUCUUUCAGGCAUUAUUCCUCCACAAUUGGGAAACCUCUCUUUUCUGGUUUCUCUUGACUUGAGUGGCAAUAAGUUCCACGGGGAUUUGCCAGAGGAGUUGGCUAAGCUGAGAAGACUGAGGUUCUUCAAUUUUAGCUUCAACAGAUUUAGUGGGAAAAUCCCGUCAUGGUUUGGGGCAUUGCCUAAUCUUCAAGAACUGCUUCUUGAAUAUUGCAGUUUCACAGGUUCAAUCCCACCAUCCCUGUCUAACAUAUCAAAGCUAGAGACUUUGAAUUUAAAGUCUAAUUUGCUAGAAUCAAUGAUCCCUGCCGAAAUUGGAGAUCUUCAUAACCUGAAGCGUUUGGUUUUAGGAGAGAACAAACUCUCAGGGCCCAUUCCAGCGAGCAUCUUCAACAUCUCGACCUUGGAAGCAGCUGCUUUCACUUCCAACAGCCUCUCUGGUAAUCUUCCAGCAAAUAUGUGCAGACACAUGCCAAACCUCAAGUCUUUUAAUGUGGCUUUCAACCAGUUACAUGGUCACAUUCCAUCAAAUAUAGAUGAAUGCUCAAAGCUGCAAACUCUGGCGUUUGAAUAUAACCAAUUUACUGGACCCGUACCAAAGCAGAUUGGAAACUUAUCUAUGCUAGAGAUUCUGUAUCUUGGGAACAACAACAACUUGAAAGGUGAAAUUCCAGCAGAGGUUGGCUACCUUUCUAAUCUGCAGGUUUUGAGCUUGUCUGCAGACGGCAUCAGGGGCCCAAUCUCGUCUUUCAUUUAUAACAUAUCUACUCUGCAAGAACUUUAUCUUGAUGCAAAUAACCUGACAGGUAAUUUGCCAACAGAGAUUUGUUUGCGCCUUCCUUCAUUACAAGGACUCUAUCUUUCUGCAAACAAAUUGGCUGGCAGCAUUCCACGACAAUUGGGCAAUUGUUCUUCACUGGUGGAGAUAUACAUGGAUGAAAACAUGUUAACAGGUGAAAUACCUUCAGAAAUUGGCAAUCUUUUGAAUCUGGAGAUUCUGGUUUCUGAUAACAAUCAGCUAACAGGUAUCAUUCCGGCUACAAUCUUCAAUAUCUCAACCUUGAGAACCCUCUCUUUCUUUGCAAAUCACAUUAUGGGCAGUCUUCCGUCAACCGUGAGCGUAGGGCUACCUAACCUUGUAGAACUUUAUCUGGGACAGAACAACCUCACUGGUCCUAUACCAGGUUUCAUUUCAAACGCUUCCGGUCUAAUCAGUUUAGACUUGGGUGGUAACAGGCUAACAGGUUUAGUUCCCAACUCCCUUGGAGAGUUGAAGUUCCUUGAAUUUUUGAACAUCGCGAGAAAUGACUUCACUUCUGAGUCUUCAGACAUGAGUUUCGUGACCUCUUUGACUAACUGCAUGAGACUAAAAGUUUUGUGGGUUUCUGAUAAUUCCCUCAGCGGUUACCUUCCUGAUUCAAUAGGUAAUUUCUCUUCUAGCCUUGAACAAAUUGAAAUGAGCAACUGUGGAAUCAAGGGAAGCAUUCCAAAAGAAAUUGGCAACGUUAGUAACUUGGCCUUCUUAUAUAUGGACGACAAUGAAUUUACAGGGUUCAUUCCCACCACAAUCAAAGGCUUAAAGAAUCUACAGCUGUUGAGCCUUCAAGGUAACAGAUUGAGUGGACCAAUCCCAGAUGAUAUCUGUCAUCUGUUCAGCUUAGGAGAGCUAACAUUGAGUAAGAAUAAGCUUUACGGUCCAGUUCCAGCAUGCUUAGGAAAUGUUACUUCUUUAAGAUAUCUUAGGCUCGACCGCAAUGAAUUAAAUUCUAGCAUACCUCUAACCAUAGGAGGCCUCAGAAAUCUCCUGAGGUUUGAAUUGUUCUCAAAUUUCUUCAGUGGUGUGAUACCCCCAGAAAUAGGAAACCUGGUAGCAGUAACCUCAAUUGACUUGUCUUUGAAUGAGUUAUCAAGUGGUAUUCCGACCACCAUCGGUGGCCUUAUUAGCGUGAUCGAUCUGUCCUUGGCCCAGAAUAGAUUGCAAGGACCAAUUCCUGAUUCAAUCAGCACAAUUGUAAGUCUUGAAAGGUUGGAUCUGUCCCAUAACAACCUCACAGGCGUCAUCCCAAAAACAAUGGAUGGACUUCAAUAUCUCAAGUAUCUGAAUCUUUCAUUCAACAAGCUGACAGGGGAAAUUCCUAAUGGAGGGCCUUUUGCACAUUUCAACUACCAAUCGUUUAUUUCGAAUGAUGCACUCUGUGGUCCUCCUAGGUUUGAGGUACCAACAUGCCCCUCUGACAGCCACAACCAUCACAAAUCGAGCCAGAGCACAGUUCGUGUCGUACUGAUUCCGUUGGCCAUUGUGUCCGCAAUUUUUGCCUUAAUAGUUUCCUUUUAUCUGAUAAAACGUCAAAGGAAGAGAAAAGUUCCAAGUCAGAUGGACUUGUUUCCUGCCAUAACGCUGGACAGGAUUAGACACCAUGACCUUGAAAGGGCAACCAAUGGAUUUGGUCAAACCAACUUGCUGGGCAUUGGAAGCUUUGGUUCUGUUUACAAAGGGGUUUUCACAGAUGGGACAAUUGUAGCUGUCAAGGUAUUUAAUUUGCAUAUAGAAGGAGCUUUCAAGAGUUUUGAUACAGAAUGUGAAGUGCUACGCAACCUUCGACACCGUAAUCUGACCAAAGUCAUCAGCAGUUGCUCCAACAUUGAUUUUAGAGCCCUGAUACUUGAGUACAUGCCAAAUGGGAGCCUCGAGAAGUGGUUACAUUCUCACAAUGAACUGUUAAAUCUUUCACAAAGGUUAAGCAUAAUGAUAGAUGUGGCAUCCGCAAUCGAUUAUUUGCACCAUGGGUACACAACACCUGUUGUACACUGUGAUUUGAAGCCCAGCAAUGUCCUUCUAGACGAUAGUAUGGUGGCUCAUGUAAGUGACUUUGGCAUAGCAAAGCUGGUAAAUGCAGAGGAUAGUGUACUUCAAACCAAUACUCUCGCAACAUUUGGGUACAUUGCACCAGAGUAUGGAUCAGAAGGACUAGUUUCCACAAGAUGUGAUGUUUACAGUUUUGGCAUUAUGUUGAUGGAAACGUUCACGAAAAAAAGGCCGACUGAUGAUUUGUUCACUGGAGAUAUGAGCCUGAGGGAUUGGAUAAAUGAAGCAUAUCCCCAUUCACUGCGUCAUCUGAUAGAUGCGGCUUUGCUUAAUCCUGAGGAAGAAAGCUUUGAUAAAAAUGUUGAUUGCAUAUCAUGGAUUAUGAAAUUGGCUCUCGAUUGCUCCGCUGAAUUGCCUGAAGAGAGGACUAGUAUGAGAGAUGCUCUGGCCACUCUGCAGAAAAUCAGAAAGCAGUUUUUGUCAAGCCGCAUGACAAGCUCAAGCUCAUAAUUUGUUUUUGGAUUUCGGGUAUUCUAAACCAUCAGACAGUGCUGAAGCAGGAUGGAAACAAUUAAGAAAUUAGUGGAACAAGUUUAAAACUAAACAAGAGCAAGAUGGAAGAUUGAGCUCCAAGACAGGUUGUCUUCGGGCAUCUAAUUGAUGCUUGAUAGAAUUGGAGAAGCCUAAUCAUACAGGUUUUUGGCUAACUGGUAGCUUAAUGUGUGUGGAAUGAUGACCAAAGAUUGUUUGGCCGGUGCAGAGACCACCGGAGACAGUGGAUCCAGGGAUCUUCAGAUAUGUCCAAUUAGCAUCCAGCGCAAUAGUGUUGCUGAAAAUUUUAAGAUUGUCCAAGUGUCUCGUAUGGAAAUCAAUAUCUGAAUUCAGAUAUACGAGUUGUAUGAGAUUGCAUGUAAUAGUUUCUUGUGAGUUGUGAUCCAGAUUGAUCUGAAUUGAAAUAAACGACAAGGCUUAUGAGAACAUUGGAUUUUA